AUGGUGCAUUUUGUGAGAAGUGAUGUUUUGGGCGGGAAAUUUGAAACCCCAAACCGAUAUUCGGCACCAGAGACGUUGAAGAUCGGGGUUUCGGGCAUUGUUUGCUCUUCAUGGGAUCAAAUAGGCCAGCAAUAUGUUGCGGUGAAAAAGAUCAUCCAGCCGUUCAAUACGCCCGCAACUGCGCAGCAUAUUUACAGAGAGAUCAAAUUGUUGAGGCAUCUGAAACAUGAGAAUGUCAUCCGUCCGCUUGAUAUUUUCAUCUCACCUAGAGAAGACAUCUAUCUCGUCACGGAACUCAUGCAGACUGAUUUGCGAGAACUUUUGGACUCGAAAUCUCUUAGCCAUGAAUUCGUCCAAUUCUUUCUAUAUCAGCUAAUGAGGGGAUUGAAAUACAUUCAUUCAGCGGGUGUGGUUCACCGCGAUCUUGAACCCAAAAAUAUUCUCAUUAAUGAGAACUGCGACCUCAAGAUCUGUGACUUUGGACUGGCACGAGUCCGGGAACCGCAAAUGACAGGCUACCUUUCGACCAUAUCAAGUAGACUUUACCGGGCUCCGGAAAUCAUGUUGUUAUGCCAGACCUACGGCGAAAAGGUCGACAUUUGGAGCGCAGGGUGUAUAUUCGCCGAAAUGCUGCUGGGAAAACCUCUCUUUCCAGGAAAGGACAGCUUCGAGCAGUUCAGCGCCAUCACAAAGCUGCUCGGGACGCCCUCCGAGGAGACCUUGGUCAAAAUGACUUCACAGAGUACUCGGGGCGUUCUUGAUACACUCCCCCAGCAUGAUGGCUUGGGAUUGUCCAGCACAUUCCCAAACAUUGAUCCAAGUGCUCUUCAACUCCUCGAGAAAAUGCUGGUUUUCGAUCCUGAUCAUCGAAUCUCUGCAGCUGAGGCUCUUACUUCACCGUAUCUGGCCUCAUAUCAUGAUCCGACAGAUGAGCCCGUUGCGGAAGAGCAAUUCGAUUGGACGUUGAAUGGGUCUUUCUGUUCUGAUGAUGUAUGGAAGCAGAAACUGUAUGCCGAGGUACUGGAGUAUCACAAGAAAGCAGAGAUCAAUGAGUCCGUCAAAAAGUGGACUCAGACCUCUUCGACAGUGCAGAAAUGA